GAGAGACAGAGCGAGAGAGAGAGAGAGAGAGACCUCCGGUAGUGACGGAGGCUCUCCGGUACCGGGCAGCGUUCGCCGUUGGAGGUUUGGGUUGCGGGCCCCGCCGUUCACAGUGUGCACGAGCCUCCGUUUAUCAAUCAGCACCGAUCGAUUAUUGAUGCCGCCGCUGCGCAGCCGCCCCGCGCGCCCCCCCGUGUUGUCUGACCGGAGGAUGAGGCGGUAGGAGGCCAGCAGCUAGCUAACGCUACCGAGCGGCGGUACCGGGAGGGUUUCUCAUGUCCGUUCAUGUUCUGUCGUCGUCCAGCCGAGCCGUUACCGUCACGAACCGGUCCGGACGUUACAUGGUCGUCGGUCGGUCGGUGUUCCGUCGGGCUGCCCGGGUAGCUCGGCGGGAGGAUGCAGCCGCUAGCCGCCGCUAGCCGCCGUUAGCUCCGCAGCCGUUUAUUUAUCUCGGUGUUAUGUAAGCGCGGAGCCCGUGUAGCCGCGCAGCUAACGUUAGCCUGUCAGCAUGAACGACGCGCAGCAAGAAAUGUCCCCGGACUUCGUCCUGAUGCGGCUCGUGUCCGCGGCCGAGUACGACCGGCUGGACGAGCCCGACGACCUGAUGUCCGGAGGCGGCGGGUUCGGGCCCGUCAAAGCCGUGCUGGGACACCACGGCGGCGGGUUCGAUCUGGACCCCAGCGGCCCCUCGGCAGGCCUCGGCUCGGCCUCCCCGCACUACAGCUCGCCGCUCCCCGGAAAAGGCGAGCUGGACGGCGGGCUGGUGUUGACGCAGGCCCCGCAGGGCUCCGAGGCGCCGCUGUCUCCUCCGCCGCCAGAGGACUUCGCCAUAGCGGCCCAGCGGUUCGUGGACUUCCCGGUGCCGCACGGGCACGGCUCGGGGGCGCACGGGUCGAGGGCGCAGCUGAUGGUGUUUCAGAACUUGCUGCGGUCCGGAGACCGGAUCCUGGAGUUUGGACUGGAGCAGCCGCCUCCGGGGUUCCUUCAGGAGGAAGCAGAGAGACAGAGACAGCAGCAGGAUUCCGGAUCAGGCACCGGUCCCGGCAGCACAAGAGCCGGUCCCGGGCCUGGAGGCGGGAAGGACCAGAGCUCACACUGCAUCCCCUCUGCAGAGGAAAACCUGCAGCCGCAGCAGCCGCAGCUGCUCCAGUGGCACCCGGUCCUCAGACUGUCCAAAGGGUCUGACGGGUCCCAGACUCCACAGCAGGGCGUCCCGACUCUGGACUCUGAGUCCGGGUCAGUCCUGUGCCACCGACACCGCCUGCUGACGGACCGACUAGCUAAAUGGCCCCCCGGCCUGCUGGACCAAGCCUUGCGUCUGGGCCUGCUGGAGCCCAGGAAGAACUGUUCCGCCGAGGGAGAGGACCCGGUCCUGGCUCUGGCCCGGAGGCUCGGUCAGCUGGGUGAGGGGAGGGAGGGCGGCGGCGGCGGCGGAGGAGGAGGAGGAGGUGGUGGGGGAGAGGAGAUGGUGCUCCCACUGCCUCGGUGCUCUUGUCACAGUGUCCUGUCCUCGGGGACGGGGGGCAUGGGGCCUGGCGAGGACCCGAGUGAGACCAGCGACGCCCUGCUGGUCCUGGAAGGUCUGGGGUCUGAAGAGGUGGGAGGGCUGGGUGAGGGUGGGGACAGGGAUGGAAGGGACAUCGGGGAUGCUGAGAAGGGAGAGAGGGUGGGGGGAGUUGGAGGUGUGGGGACUUCUGGGGGGGCGGGGCCCGUGUUCUCCAGCGGGACUCUGAGCGGUCUGAUGCGGCAGGUCCACAGACUGGCGGAGGAGGCGGGGGUCUGCACCGAUCAGAGAUGCCGGUCAUCGCUUGCUGUCCUGGGUGCUGCGAUGUCCCUAUCCCCCUGUGUGGAACCCCGCCCCCCCAUCGGCAGUACCACCACCCCCUGUCUGUACCCCCCUAUCCGCCCGCAGGCCCCCCUGUCCGCAGCAGCCCUCAGUGGUCUCCAAGUUUCCCCUGACCCCCUCCCCUCCUCCAGCCCGGACCCAAGCCACCGGCCACAGCAUCAGCACCAGUCCCGCUCCCAGCCCCAGAGCCGCGCCACCACCCCCAAACUCGGCAUGGCCUCGGGGGGAGCGGGGCGGUCCGCCUCCCCCCUAGUGGUCCUGGAGGGGGAGGGGGAGGGGGAGGGGGAGGAGGGCGGGAGGGAGGGCGAGAAGACACAGCGGGGGAAGUCGAGGAAAGGGGGGUCCCUGAAGGUCCGGCUCAGCAAGCUGUUCAGAACCAAGAGCUCCAGUGGGGGGUCGGGGGGGCUGCUGGACAAGAGGCCCUCCCUGGCCUCGUCCACCUCGUCCGGGGGGAGUCUGCUGGAUGUGUGGGGGUCCACCUGCAGCAACACGGAGCAGGACAGCAGCAGGCUGCAGGUGUCCAGACCUCACAGUGCCUUCUCUCCAGUGCCCUUCACUCCUGCUUUCACUGGUGAGACGGUGUCUCUGGUUGAUGUGGAUAUUUCUCGGAGAGGGGGAAGCUCUCUUCACCCCCCGACUCCCCCUCCCCCGCCCAGACGGAGCCUGAGUCUGCUCGAUGACUUCGCUGGUCCUCCUCAGCAGCAGGGGUCGUAUGUGGAGCGCAGCGUGGGGGCGUCAAUGCAAUCUCUGCCCCCGCGACCGCUGGCCCUGCCCCCCUCCCUCAGCACCAUCCAACACAGCCUGAGCCUCAACGACACCUUCCUGCGAGGUUUACCGAGGCCAGUCCCCCUGCGCCCCGACGGUCAACAUCCCCCGCCCCGACUCGCCCCCCGCUGCCCCCUCAGUCGCCCCGACGGCAGCAGCUUCGCCACCAGCCUCAGAGAACUGGAGAAGUGUGGCUGGUACUGGGGCCCAAUGAACUGGGAGGAUGCUGAGAUGAAGCUGAAGGGGAAACCAGACGGAUCGUUUCUGGUUCGAGACAGUUCAGAUCCUCGAUACAUCCUGAGUCUGAGCUUCAGGUCCCAGGGAGUCACGCACCACACACGCAUGGAGCACUACAGAGGAACGUUCAGCCUGUGGUGUCAUCCCAAGUUUGAGGAUCGUUGUCACUCCGUGGUGGAGUUCAUAGAAAGAGCCAUCAUGCACUCCAAGAACGGAAAGUUCCUCUACUUCCUGCGCUCCAGAGUACCCGGUCUGCCCCCGACCCCGGUCCAGCUCCUCUACCCGGUCUCCAGGUUCAGCAGCGUUAAAUCUCUGCAGCAUCUAUGCCGCUUCUGCAUCAGACAGCUGGUCCGUAUAGACCACAUCCAGGAGCUGCCGCUGCCCACGCCUCUGAUCGCCUACCUGAGGAAGUUUUAUUACUACGACCCCGAGGAGGAGAUCAGCCCGACGCUGAAGGAGAGGGGGCCGGAGCAGAGCAGCCAGCCGGGGGUCGAGUCCCAAACGUAGCACUGGAGCCUGAGAGGACAACUUAUUUUCUUUUCUUUGUUUUUCGGACACUCGAUCAGCUCACUGAGGACAUUCAAACAUCCGGACUGGACUCACAGACUGCAGCCAAUCAGCUCCCGCCGCUCAGUCCUGUAU